UGGAAAUACUGUAGAUUUCAUUUAUUUUAGGUGGCUUCAGGCAGGAAAGAAGCUCCCAAGGAAUCCGGAUAUGAUGAAAAGUUUUCGGCUCUCUGUUCACGAGAAAAAAACAUUUACAGUUUUACUCGUCGUUAUUUUCGCCUCCUUACUGUGAGUACGUCAGACUUGAAGGGAAGGAGUUGACAUGUUGUGAAAGCCAAAUGAGGUGACGUUUUUCCCGGCUAAGGAGCGUUGCACAUCGGGUAGACGCAUUGCAAUUUGCCGGUCUCAUGUCAACGGAGACCGGGCACCCUCCGCUUAGGCUCGCCGGGCCAGAUAACCGCCCCCAGCCGGAGAAAAGCUCCCUUUUGCCACCCCUCAUUCACGAUUCCCAUGACUUCGAAGCUUCAGCACCGUCCUCAAGUGACCGGACCCAGGAAGACGACGUCAAGCCAAUAAGAAAUCAACCUCAGAUUGAUAAAGAGCAAAAUGGCAUUUGCCUUGCUGACCCCAACACCCCCUUCGAACCCAACGCCAGCGAACCCCGUGGUGCACGUGCAACUUGUAAAUGUUCGUGCGCUAACGGCGCCACGGGAUCCCCGGGAACGUCGCCGAUUACCAGAGAGCCGUCCACGCUGGUUUCGCAGAAGAUGCAGCGGAAGUUGAAAUCUAGCCUGUCGGUCAACAGCGAUGGCAGCCGGAGAAGCAAAGGAAGCUCCACCGAGACGCCAAAACCGCCUUUGCCAGAAGACUGCUGCGUCCAGUGCAUCUUGGCGUGCCUCUUCUGCGAGUUUCUGACCCUAUGCAACAUGGUGGUGGCGCCGGCGGCAUGCGGGCCUUGCGCGUCCGUGUCCUGUUGCUGUUGCUGCUGUGGCGAAGACAUGGGCGACGACUGCAACUGCCCCUGCGACAUGGACUGCGGCAUCAUGGACGCCUGCUGUGAGUCGUCGGACUGCUUGGAAAUCUGCAUGGAGUGCUGCGGCAUCUGCUUCCCUUCGUAGUGACGGAAACUGGAACCUGGAUGGAUGACUGGUUCAGUAAUGGGGAAAACUGUUUUUGAUUUUUUUUUAAUGUGCGUUACCUCCUGAAUGUUUGGUGCGAUUGUGUUCUUAAGAUGCUUACUGACACUGGGCUCCUAGAAAAGUAGAAAUGACUUCAGAUAAACUUUCAACACUGACUUUUCGUAUAUUAUAAACAGACAACACCUAGAUAACAUCUCAGUUUUACGUACACAUCUACUGUUGUCACAGGAAGGAAUUUCAGGAAGGGCCAAUUGGUAAGUCAUAUUGCUUUUGUAAACUAAUGAGGCCCGAGUCCGUUUUUACCUUUGUCGAGGAAUGUAAAACUACGCAUCUCGUGAGUUACAAGCGCUGGCUUUUUACUGGCUUUCAUUCGCACCAAUUGCUAGUUGUCACCUGCUAAAGUCAAUGACGAUAUUGUGCAAGUUAGAAGAGUGCAAAAAUAUACCGUCGUGCAUUUAUCUGUUUGGCAUUGUUCGUUACUGUAAUUUUCGGACUAUCAGCCGCUAUUUUUCCCACAUUUUGACUCAUGCGGCUUAUAAUCCACUGAGGAUUAUUUGUUGAUUUAUUUGGGUUAAUAGGUAACUCUUUAUUUGACAGUGGGAUCAUAAGAUGGGGGUUCAUAGGUAACACUUUAUUUGACAGUGGCAUCAUAAGACUGUCAUAACACAGUCUAAUUAUGAAAUGACAGUAUCAUGAGCAUUACUUACUGCUUAUGAAAGAUGACAUUAAGAGUCAUCGGGCAUAUUAUGUCACUAACUCCUAUUAUGUCCAGCUCGGAUCUUUCACAUCCAUUCGAAAGUGAGAUGAUUUGCCAGAUGACACUGUGACAUCUUUUAUUCGCAUUCAUUAAUGCUCAUGACAGUGUCAUGUCAUAAUUAUGAUUGUCUGAUGACAGUCUUAUGGUGCCAAUGUCAAAUAAAGUGUUACCAAAUACCAUAACUAGCAAUUCAUGAAACUGGAACAGUAACUGAAGAAAUAUUUAGCACAGAACAUGAAUUUUGAUUGUUAACUACUUGUUAAUAAUUGUUAAUAAUUACUCUUAUUUGUAGCGCUGCUAUGCAUGCUAGGAGGCAUGUUGGACAAGUGUUGACAGCAGGUGGCACCAGAGGUUGACUGUCUCCCCCAAGGGAGCAGUGAUGGCCAAAUGAAGCUUCUUGAAGCAAUGAUUCAUGGUGGUUCAUUUUGUCUUAUGACAGUUGCAUGAUGCCGCUGUCAAAUAAAGUAUUUUUGGGUAAUAUCUUUUGGUUCAAAUAUCCCACAAUACAGUGAGGAGAGCUGCAGCCUAUAGUCCAAUCUCACUAGGAAAAUCUGUCGUCGUUUGAAAUUCACAGUGAUGUACAGUGGGGCAAAUAAGUAUUUAGUCGACCGCUAAUUGUGCAAGUUCUCCCACUUGAAAAUAUUAGAGAGGCCUGUAAUUGUCAACAUGGGUAAACCUCAACCAUGAGAGACAAUGUGGGAAAAAAAAACAGAAAAUCACAUAGUUUGAUUUUUUUUAAAAAUUGCAAAUCAUGGUGGAAAAUAAGUAUUUGGUCAAUAUCAAAAGUUCAUCUCAAUACUUUGUUAUGUACCCUUUUUGGCAACAACGGAGGCCAACGUUUUCUGUAACUCUUUACAAGCUUUUCACACACUGUUGCUGGUAUUUUGGCCCAUUCCUCCAUGCAGAUCUCCUCUAGAGCAGUGAUGUUUUGGGGCUGUCAUUGGACAACACGGACUUUCAACUCCCUCCACAGAUUUUCUAUGGGGUUGAGAUCUGGAGACUGGCUAGGCCACUCCAGGACCUUGAAAUGCUUCUUACGAAGCCACUCCUUUGUUGCCCUGGCUGUGUGUUUGGGAUCAUUGUCAUGCUGAAAGACCCAACGUCUCAUCUUCAAUGCCCUUUCUGAUGGAAGGAGAUUUUCAAUCAAAAUCUCUCGAUACAUGGCCCCAUUUAUUCUUUCCUUUACACAGAUCAGUCGUCCUGGUCCCUUUGCAGAAAAACAGCCCCAAAGCAUGAUGUUUCCACCCCCAUGCUUCACAGUGGGUAUGGUGUUCUUCGGAUGCAAUUCAGUAUUCUUCCUCCUUCCCUUUCUCCUCCAAACGGGAGAGCCUGUUUCUACCAAAAAGUUCUAUUUUGGUUUCAUCUUACCAUAACACAUUGUCCCAGUCCUCUUCUGGAUCAUCCAAAUACUCUGCAGCAAACCGCAGACAGGACUAUACGUGUACUGGCUUCAGGAGGGGAACACGUCGGGCAGUUCAGGAUUUGAGUCCCUGGCGGCGCAUUGCGUUACUGAUAGUAGCCUACGUUACUGUGGUCCCAGCUCUCUGUAGGUCAUUCACUAGGUCCCACCAUCUGGUUCUGGGAUUUUUGCUCACCGUUCUUAUCAUUUUGACGCCACGGGGUGAGAUGUUGCAUGGAGCCCCAGAUCGAGGGAGAUUAUCAGUGGUCUUGUAUGUCUUCCAUUUUCUAAUAAUUGCUCCCACAGUUGAUUUCUUUACACCAAGCAUUUUACCAAUUGCAGAUACAGUCUUCCCAGCCUGGUGCAGAUCUACAAUUUUGUGUCUGGUGUCCUUCGACAGCUCUUUGGUCUUGGCCGUAGUGGAGUUUGGCGUGUGACUGACUGAGGUUGUGGACAAGUCUUUUAUACCGAUCAGGAGUUAAAACAAGAGCCAUUAAGACAGAUAACGAGUGGAGCCUCAUUAGACCUCGUUAGAAGUUAGACAUCUUUGACAGCCAGAAAUCUGGCUUGUUUGUAGGUGACCAAAUACUUAUUUUCCACUAAUUUCGAAAUAAAUUUAUUAAAAAUCAAACAAUGUGAUUUUCUGUUUUCUUUUUCCACAUUCUGUCUCUUAUAGUUUAGGUUUACCCAUGUUGACAAUUACAGGCCUCUCUAAUCUUUUCAAGUAGGAGAACUUGCACAAUUGGUGGUUGACUAAAUACUGAUUUGCCCCACUGUAUUGCUAUUUGCCAAACUGAUUCUUAUUGUCAAGUUUGUUGAACUUUGUUCACCAUUUUGUACUACGGAGAUCCCUCGCCAAUUUGCGCUUUAAAAUUUGCAGUUUGUAAUUCGCAGAUUUUUGAGGCACAGUAUAGGGCUCCCUUGACACCUGCGUAUUGUGUCAUUUUCAUCGCAGUGCAAACGUGUUUAUUCAUUUAUUUUCAUCAUCAUCAGUCAAGGAAGGAGCUUCUCGAGUCUAAUGUGUUAUUUAAAAAAUUAUUUCAUCCAUAUCUCAUAUCAUAAUUAUUACAUUUGCAGUGCUUAAAAACCCUUUUUAAAAAUAUACAUACAGGGUGUCCCCAGUUCAGUUUGGAAUUAACCCUUUAACCCUUAAAGACCUGCAACAUAAUGCAACUAUCAGAGAAUCCCAAAAUUUGAAAAAUAAGGUCCUAAUGAAACCUUUUUUACGUAUUUGUAAAAAUGAAAUGAAAAUUUGUACUAAGCGCUCUAAUAUCUAUAAUCCUAGCUAAAUCCUGUUUUUUUUUCUCAUGGAACCUGCAGAUGCAUGUAUUGACUUGCAUCCAUCUUUUUUUUUUUUUUUCAAAAAUGUCAAAAUUCUGAAUUACUCUCAAGAUCAUGAAACUUUAGGUGUAUCAAAUCAAAUGUGAUACAUUUGGCAAUAAAGGGUUAAGUACCCCUAAAUACCCCCUAAAUCUCAAAAUAAUCAAAAACAUUUUAUACGUCAUCUAAAUAAAAGUAAAAAAUAAGAUGCAGUGAGGUACGUUGUGUUAAAUGCCGUUAUAUUCCAUGACUAUUCGGGCUGUACUCGUGAAUGAGCCGGGUACGCAGUAACCCGGAGACUACCUAUAUACGUAAAUAGUAGGGGUUUGCCAUCUUAGCCACCCCACAAUUCGAUUCGAUUGCAAUUUAGGGUGCUACGAUUUGAUUAUUAAGCGAACACUGUAUUGACGAGGAUGUCAGUUAUCACUAGAAUGAUGCAAACAUGCCCAUACAACAAAAAGCUGCCCUUAAACUGCUUUUUGUUUUACAAGAAAAUGCAAAAAACAUUAAUUUUAAAGGAAGUACUUAUUUCUCUCAACAAUACAAUAAAAUUUAAAAGGGUGAAAAUUAAUUCCACAUUUUCUGUAAACAAAGUGUCUUUAGAAAUAACUUUUUUUUUUUUUUUAAACCAAUAUGUUUUCACAGAUUUCUGUACAAUUUCGCAUGUUUGUUGUGUUACCACUGUACUUAAUCAUGGUUUUACGCGUUCUGCGUGUGGAGUCACUUUUGUACAACAACUAACACACGUUAGCGAAUUGGCUAUUUAGCUUAGCGCUCGGCGCUAAGUGUUAACAUCUAAAAAAUAAUAACAAAGGCUAAACAGUACAAGAGGGUUCGUGUACUCACCUCUUAUAGACGCACAUGGGGCUGACCAACACACUCAGGACAUUUUUAAAUUAACAUGACUUGAAACUGCUGCUGGACAACUGAAAGACAAAGACAAAAAAACUCUCUUCCCCUCUCGCUCUAAAAAUUAACCUGCACACAGAAGCGCGACCGCCGGGUCCCUGCCCGUCUCAUACACAAAUUUAUUUUCCAGUCAUUCGAAAAGGAGUCAAUCUCUCGCUCAGUAACCGGCAGCAUCCAUCAUAACUUUGUGCGUGCGUCCGUUAAAGGUGUCCGGGCGGCAGACGUUUCUUGAAUUUCGUUCCGCUACGAGCGGCUGUCAUAAAGUUAUUAGGAAAAAUCAGCGUUUUUUAACCUUUAUGAAUCGUAAUUGAAUUGCGAUGCAUCUAACAAUCGAUUUUUUUGGGGGGGGGGACUCCCUUAAUAGACUCCGCCUCUGCUUUGCAUAUUACCUGCGCAAAACGAGGGAUCACUGUAUUAUGAGAUUUAAUUUACACGUAAAAUUAUGUGAAUGUGAAGGUCCUGUUUUUUCCAUAAUAUAAUUAACUCUUUUUACAAUUUACUGCUCCAAUUCUCAAGAUUUGCAAUUUUGUGUCAAUGUAUUUUUGUUUACGUUUAGACGUUCCUUUUUUAUGACUGAACACAUUUUUUGUUUGCAAUGUUCAAUAUUGUCCUCCAAAUGAUUUUUGUAACCACAAAUGUGCAAAGUUGCGACGCGUAUGGAGUUGGUGUUCCCUUUCUAAAGGAGUUUGAAGAAUAGAUUCAAUCAGCCCACUGGAAAUGAUCAUUAAUAAAAAAUGGAAGCUUCAUAAUCACCCAAGAGUUUUUCUUGUCCUUUCACAAUCAGUCCAAAGUUGAGCGCGUAAAAAAAAAAAAAAAAAAUCAGGUGUGUGGGCAUGCUGUGACCUUUUCGCAAAGUCACCCACCUUUUCACUCCCCGCAAUCAAUCCUACCUCUAAUGCGACAAUUACAAUGGACCCCUUUGUUUCUGUUUGCUGUCAGCGGGUGACUAAAUCAUCACCUGCCUGAUGACAAAGUCAUUUCUCUUU